UUGUUUUGAAGAGCCAAAUCUACUUUUAGUAGGGAAAGUUUGUACCUGUGUGUACACUACUAGCUAGAACUCUUGGCAUCAGUCAGGUUUUUAAUUAAAAUUCAUUGGCGCUAGUUUUAGUACCGGUAGCCUAAACUAGGCUAAUCUUGAACUAAGUGGAUCUGUUUUAAAUUCCAUUUCUAAUUCUAGCCUAGCUGGACUAGGACUAGAUCACAUAUCUGAUCAUCUUUGCCAGGGGCAGGGACCAGACUUAUUUCAAAGUGCGGGAUCAGAAGUUUAAGAUAUAAGUAUAGAAGGCCUUAAAUAAAGAUGUUCUACAGCUUGGAACUGUUACAGAAAAGGGGAGGGCAGUUUGGGAUUAUCUGGGUGGCAGCUACAGAAGGUGCCAAGUUAAACAAAAGACAGAUAACCGGAGUUCGAUUAAAGAAAGCUUGUAAUGAUAUUAUAGACUACAUUAUGGUAAGAGGUCAUCAUGAAUAUGGUACUGGUAAAUCAAGAAAAAGAUUCUCAUUAUAUCUCUCUUCACAACUAAUGUAUGGUGUGGUCAAAAUCUACAACAGACAAAAUGAUUAUCUACUCACUGAUGCUACAACAUUUAUGGCAAGAUUAAGAUUUGCCUCCUCUGCCAGAGCUGACAUUGAAUUGAGAGAAACUGCAAAUUCAGAGUUGGUAACUUUACCAGACCCAACUCAUAUUGCGGAUCCUGAAAAUGAAAAUUUUGAAGCAACAUUCGGCAGAUUAUCAAAUAACUAUCAGGAAUCUCUGUUUGCUCAUGAGAGGUUACGAUUCACAAGUUCAUCAUCAGAUAUGGAUGAAAUGUUAUCACCUAUAGCAGAUAUAAAUAUAGCUCCAUUUAGACCAGAGGAUAUAAUGGGCAGCAGUCCUCAUACAGUUUCAAGUUUAGACGAAAUAACAUUAAAACAAGCUCCAUUGCAAUCACAUCUAUCUACAAUGCAGACUAUAGAUGAAGAGUUAUUAUUUGGGUUACCAGAUAUAAUAGACCAUGUGUCUGAGAGAUUAGAAUCAGUUGAUGUACCUACAGAUCAAUCUGCUGAAGCUAGACCAGUAUCUCCUAUAAGACCUCACACUCCUCUACAGACAACUAUCACUGAGGUACCAAUCAUACCUGUUCAUGAAACACCAAUACAUCGUUCUGGGGAAGACAUUACAAGAGAGGGUAGAGACAAACGUAAAAGACAAAAAUCACCAGAAGUCACUCCCGGUCAUAAAGAGUCACGAUUAGAAAGAAGAGAAAGAAAGAGAAGUCGUCAACAGUUAGUUUUAGAUGAAAUAGAAAUGCCACCGCCAGUACACAAACCACGUAGAAGAAGGAGACUAAUUAUUGAUAAGGAUACCCAGGUAUCUAAGGAGGACUUUAAAAAGAAUCUACAGAAUCCAAAUACUUGUUUACCAUUUGUUUUACCUGAUUUUAAAGCCAAGACUUUUGAAGAUUAUUUAAAACAGCCAGGAAGACCACUGUGUAAACCAUUGCUGAGGUUGUAUCAAAGAAAUUGUAAGCUUCCUCGAACUGUUGUAUUAUCUGAGAGUGAAUACAGCUCAUCAACAUUGACCAGUUCCUCUCCACCCACUGGUACUUCAGUCUCAUCACCUACAACACAUCCAGAAACAGAAGUUCUCUGUUCACCUAGACACUUUCCAUCUUCACCUAGACAUCCUCCAGCAUUCGAGUUAGGACAGGCAUCAGAAUUAGGUCAAGAGACCUCACCUGGGAAGUCUUACUCGAUGGAAAGAAUUAGAUUAGAUACAAGUGGUAAUAUAUCAACAGAGAGAGCAGUUUCAUUUAGUCAUAGUUCAAUAGAUGGUUCUUUAAUAUUAGAACAGAGCAAGCUUCCAGAAACCAGUGUCAGUAGAUUAGGAGAGGUCAGUGUUGUAAUAGAAGAAGAAAAUUUAUUAGAAGACCAUGCAGAGAUCCCAGAGCCUGCAGCACCUUUCUUAGAGAGUCCUGUUGAAACAGAAAAACAAGUGUCUCCUCGACAGUUUAUUAGAGAAUUAAGGUUGUCUACUGCCAAUGGCCAAGAAACAACAUUUAGAGAAUUGGUACCACCUGAAUCUACUACCAGACCAAUUGCAGCCAGAUUAUUUGCUAAAUUACUAGAAAUGUGCAAGAAUGGCCAAGUUGCUGCAAGACAAGAAAGACCCUAUGGAGAUAUCUUCAUUACACAAAUUGAAGUCUUUUAACUACAGAAUAAAAAUGAAAACCUUUGUUAUAAAACAACCUCAACUGUACAAAAUUAAAUCUUUCAAUUUCAGCUUUUGUGACUCAAAAGCUGUAGUAGAACCCAAUCCACUAUUGCCUUAUGAAAGAAUAUUUAAAAAAUCAUAUGGUACUCAAAUUCUAGGCCUUGUUCAAAUGUUAAAAGUUUUAUAUAUUAAAAAUAUGAAAGAUGGUGUUGAGAGAGUACUGAAUGCUUUAUCGUUAG